AUGUUGACUGAGCUAGGUGAGCUCGGACUCAACACCGCAACGCAGUUAAACACCACAUUCGUUAUCGAACUCAUAAGCGCCAUUUACGAACUGUAUCUAUUCAAAAAUUUCGUACUUUAUAUAAGUGAGCAAUUCAAUGACUCUGAGAUCGCAGUGAAAUUUUUAGACGAGUUCUUCACGGUCUUUCCUUUAAUACCGAAUGUAAUUGUGGUGAGUAAUGGUGAAGUCGAUCCCAAGGACUUUCAUGUUGAUGUGCUGGUUAGCAAGCCAGCGCUCGGUUUGGUAUUCACCACAGGACCGAACGACACAGUGAUGCCAUUAGCGGCGGAAAGCAUGAAACGCGUGCGCAUACUAAAAACCAUAUUCAUACUCACGACGAUGAUAGAGUUGGACGUGGACGACGUACGCGCCGACAGCGAUUACGCUAAUUUGGUGAAUGAAACGUAUACAUGGAUUUGGCAUGAACAAUUUCUGAAUACGAUCUUAUUAACGGUGCGUGAUAACAUUUACAUACUCGAGCCAUAUCCGGAACUGAAAAUCGUCAACAAAACUGCAAAUUGGGAUGUGAAAGACUUCUUUAUCGAUUAUUAUGACAAUCUCAAGGGCUAUGUGUUGGAUACCAUUGUACGUUACGAUUUGCCACGUGUAUUCGAUCGUCGUUAUGAAAACGGUGAACUAAAGAUCAGCGGAACUUCGGGUAAACUGUUUACCACUUUCCUGAAAUCCAUCAAUGCGACAUUAGUUAAUACGGAUGUCGCGAACUCACCAUUUGAGCCCGCAUUAAUGGGUGAUGUCAUUGAAUUGAUUGUCAAUAGAACUAUCGAGUUGAGUCCGCACUCGCAGACAGCGCUCUUCGCUAUGGAUCAUGUGGGCACCAGCUAUCCGAUUGGCAUCAAUGAUUGGUGUAUUAUGGUGCCAUUUUAUAAUCGUUCGCCGGAGCAUCUUUACUUGCUGCGCAGUUUUCAAAAUUCCACUUGGCUGCUCGUACUCUUCGCUGUCGUCUAUAUAUCUAUUGCGCUCUGGCUUUGCGCACCACAACGCCCGAUCGAGUAUAGCAACGCACUAUUGCAAGCGAUUUGUUCAAUGCUCAGCAUUGCGCCCACAACGCUCUUCAACACACUCAAUCUACGCAUGUCGUUCUUGUUCUUUUAUCUCUUUGUGCUCGGUUUCAUAACCUCAAAUUGGUAUACUACGAAGAUCGCCAGCUAUCUGAUGACCUCAUUGCCAUCGGCGCAAAUAGAUACGGUGGACGAUGUCAUCGCCGCUAAUCUACGCAUUAAAGUAUUCGACUAUGAGUAUGAGCGCCUGGAGUCGAUGCCUGCACAAUAUCCACAACGUUUUCUCGAACAGCUCGACAUCGUUGAUAAGCCAUUUAUGGAUCAGCAUCGCGAUACAAUGAAUACGAGUUACGGCUAUAGCAUACAGACAGAUCGCUGGGAGUUUCUCAACAUGCAACAACAAUUUCUACAAAAACCAGUCUUUCGCUUAUCGGAGAUUUGUAUGGGUCCAUUUCAUCAUGUGUUUCCCAUGUAUGCCGAUUCACAUCUGCAGACACCACUUAAAUACUUCAUCUUGCAUGCGACACAAUCCGGUUUGCUGACAUAUUGGCAGAAGUCGGCUUUUGCCGAGGCGCUGCGCUUGAGGUUGGUGAGAAUCAUGUUGAUCCACGAGGAUCCACGUCCUUUGUCCAUGCGUUUUCUUCGUCCGAUCUGGUACGUUUGGUGGUUGGGGCUUAUAUUAGCCGGUAUCGUUUUCCUUUGCGAAUGGAAGCGUGCUGCUUUGGUGCGGAUCAAGCGUAGGCUUUUGACCGAAUUGAGUUUUUAG